CAUCACCAUCAUCAUCAUCAUCAUCAUCAUCAUCAUCAUCAUCAAUAAUUGUUAAUCAAUACUGGUGCUUCACAGGAUGUCUAAAUAAAGACAGAUAAGAUUCACUAAUAAUAAUUUUCAAAGGAUAAAAUACAUAAAUAUACAAACAAAAGGUGAUAUAGAACUUACCUGAGAUGAGAGUAAUAAGCUGGAAGUUAAAACAAGUCAAGUGGCUGAUAUACAGACAUAUGUCAUCAGCAGCAAUAAGAUCUCUCUGACAGACAUCCACAGUGUUUAUUAUUUUACACGUAACAGCCACUACUCUGUUUUGCUUUGAAAUUACACGUCAUUGAUCCACCUCCACAUGAUUCCUUAUAGAUCAUAAGGUAAUGCAUACUGAAGAAUCAGAAAAGAACUGUUUGUAUUAAACUUCAUUAGAUUAGAGGAGAGCAGAGAGUUUCCCAUCAUGCACUGUGGUGGGUGGAGAGAAGCUGCUUCUGAAAGCUGCACCUGUCCUCAGUUCAUGAUUUUAUGAUAAAGGUAACUAGGGAACAAGAUCUCAUGUUGGCACUGAGCUCACUUAAACAAAUAGCUCAUUUGGAUAAACAGAGUGCGUAUCAGGUCUGUGUCUGCAGCAGGAACUGGAACAGGAACAUUUUAGCUGACUGAUGGAGUCCACUCAUCGAACGCUUUGGUCCGUAUGAGCCUGAAGACAAGGGAGAAGAUGAUGUGCAUCAUCCUGCUGCUCAUCAACCUGACCUCCUGUGUCUGUGGAACAUUUGUAGUCAAUGUGACACAGACCUCCUAUCAGGCAGAGGAGAACCACAACAUCACACUGGAGUGGAUGUUCACCACCAAACCUGGCAGCUCCCUCCACUCCCUUUUUAUCUACUGUGAACUGUUAACUGAUCUCAGACCAUCAGUCCUGUUUCAUCUACAUGGAGGUGUUGAGGUCCCAGAGUCUCAGGAUGAACAGUUUACAGGACGAGUCCAGUGUGACAAAGACGUCCUCAGAGAGGGACGACUCAGACUUCAUGUGUCCAGACUCAGGACUAAUGACUCAGGACUGUACAUGUGUGAAGUGUCCACACGUUAUGGCGGCAGCACUGCUACAUGUCGGCUCAAUGUCACUGCUGCUGAUGAGCCCAAACCUCAGAGACCAACAGAGAGUCCACAACCAGAGAGUCCACAACCAGAGAGUCGAGGAAGGAUCGGCCUUUACGUUGGACUGGGACUGGCAGCAGCUCUACUGUUUGUCUGUACCAUCUUUGCAGUCAAAGUCUAUUUAACUAAAUGUACUGAUAAGAAAGAAAACAAUGCAUCCACAGACACUGAUGUUACCAGAGAAACAACUCAUGAGGACGUACAGGAGCCUGUGAGUGAGUCAUUAGAGCACUGAUUCAAGACCUGAAUGUCCAGCAGCAGCCCUGCCCCUAACUCAACAACUCAAAACACUGCAGUUUUAUCAGUGAGACUGGUAUUUCUCCACUCAGAGUCCGCGAAGUAGUUGCGCUUCCCUGUGGAAUAUCAUCCGGCCUCACCUCAGAUUCUCCGCCACGGGUAUCAAGGGAUCCUACGGAGCCUCCACGCCCGAAACAACGCUGGACUUGACUGUCAUGACAUGUCAGCUUAAUUAAAAGCAUAGCUGCAAAUUAAAGCAACAAUAGACCAAUAGAUGAAUGGGCGUUAUUAGCUCCGGCACCCGCGCCUCGGCUGGAUCUUGCACGCCACGGAUCCAGUGUGUUGCCAUAAAUGGGCCUGUUCCAGAGGCAUUCAACUACCAGAGAGCUUUUGAAAUCUUCUUUUUUUCGAAGCCGCGUUAAAUUAAAUACUCUGAUUCAUUGUGCCAUACUUGCAAAUCGUGAGGGAAGGAGGAAAGCAGUAGCCUAAUUUGUGUCUUUGUGCGUAAUUAUUUUGAGUCUUACCUUUUGUUUCCUUUUAGCAUUGUGUAUUUUUUAUUGUUUUGCGUAUCUGUAACUGUAUUUGUGAGAGAGAGAGUUUUAAAAGAAUAUUUUGUCUGCACAUGAUUUAAAACAAUAAAAUAGCCCCAUCAUAGGCGUGUCUAGCCCAUUUUUGGGGGUGCUGAAGCACCUCCAUAUUGAAUCCCAGCACCCCUAAAAUUUGAGAUUUUUUUUUUUUUUUUUUUUUUUACUGUAUGUCCUUUUUUAACAAGCUAGAAAAGUGUCAAAACCAUAUAGUACUUGGUUGCAAUGUAAUAUUUUAACAACAAAAAUACAGCAGCACCCCCCCUUGCCUCAAAAAUGGUUUGGUCCACCCCAUCCCUCCCACCUUUCCCCAACUCAGGCUCUGAGUGCUCUAUCUGAACAGAGCAAUGUGCUGCCUUCCACAGUGGGUGAUAUGCAGUAGUGGUGUAAGUACCUGCCUUAAACCAGGAUAUGACAUUUCUUAACUCCUACCACUCAGUACCAACACAUUAUUAUCAUUAUUUAUUGUCUUCAUUUUUGCUGCAUUUAAUCGUAGGUCACUGUUUAUGUUGUCAGGUAGGAGUUAGCUGACGUUUUUUCUAGCUAGGAAACGUUACAGGUGGUCAGUACCACUGUCCUCUGUUUGAACUGGAAUGAGAGAAGCUCGCUGUUGUGUCAUGUGCAUGUGUUAAUAUUAAAGCCAAGGUGCUACUGACUAGCUAACUGACUGGAUGCCCAUUAACAUUAGAACUUCUACUGUGUGUAUUUAUUAUUAUUAUUUUGUAGAUUUCAAGCACUUUUCUUUUUUGAAGUGUAUUUUUAUUUAUGUAUUUGUAUCAUAUAAUACAGACAAGAAGGAAAAAGGCAGAGACAAACACUGAAAAAGUCAAUUACUGUUAAUGUGUUAAUGUUACAUGUUGUGCAUUGCAUUUCAAAUAAAAGUCCAAAAAAUAAGUCCAAGGUCCAUUUUUGGUGUUUUUGGUACUCACUAUAGGGGCUGGUUUACUCCAGAAACAUACAUACUGUUUAUGUGUAUGUUGAGGAGCUGCUGUAUCAGAAUGAGUUGUCUUCCCCCAGAAAUUAGGGUUACCAUAUGUUUAUUUCAUGAUUCCAAUCCAUUCCUCUUUUGCUGUGGCUCAGCAUUUAAAUAACCUUUAUCAGAUUUGAUGGUUUAGUCACAGACUUUCCCAAAAAGUGUUGUGCUUUUCUUUCACAAAUGUGGGAAUGAAAUUGAGUUAAAAUGUACAAAACAGUGAAAUUUAUCUUGCCUGGCCGGGCAGCUCUCUGGCUGCUCAGCACCCCUAAACCUCUGAUCCUAGAAUCACCCCUG